CAUAAAUUGCAGGCUUGGUCCUCUUCCUUUUUUUCUGCCUUUUCUCUCUGUUUUCUCUUGUGUGUGUGUGUGUGUGUUUUUUUUUUUUUCUUGGUGGUGGUGGUGGUGGUGACGGCGAUGGGGAGCGGUAGUGUUGACAUCGACGAGCUGCCGAGGAACGAGGCCAACUAUACGGCGCUGACGCCGCUGUGGUUUCUGGAGAGAGCGGCUGUCGUCCAUCCCGACCGACUGGCUCUGAUCCACGGCUCCCGCAGGUACACGUGGCUCCAGACUUACAGGAGAUGCCGUCGUCUUGCCUCCGCCCUCGCCCGCCGCUCCAUCGGCGCCGGCUCCACGGUAGCCGUAAUUGCACCGAAUGUACCUGCAAUUUAUGAAGCUCAUUUUGGUGUCCCCAUGUCCGGAGCUGUUGUGAAUUGCGUCAACAUCCGGUUGAACGCACCGACCAUUGCCUUCCUUCUCCAGCAUUCAUCUGCUGCAGUUGUUAUGGUGGACCAAGAAUUCUUUGGUCUAACCAAAGAAGCUCUGAAGAUCUGGGCAGAUAAGAGCAAAAGCAAGUUCAGACCUCCGAUUCUGGUUGUAAUUGGCGAUGAGAGUUGUGACGGAAAGGUGCUCCAGAGUGCUAUUGAAAGCGGUGCCAUAGAAUAUGAACAGUUUCUGGCAUCUGGAGAUCCUGAGUUUGCUUGGAGCCCACCGAAGGAUGAGUGGCAGAGUAUUGCCUUAGGUUAUACCUCUGGAACUACAUCAAGCCCAAAGGGUGUCGUUUUGAGCCACAGAGGAGCUUAUCUUAUGGCUUUGAGUGGCGCCCUCAUAUGGGGUUUGAAUGAAGGUGCUAUUUAUCUGUGGACUUUGCCUAUGUUCCAUUGCAAUGGUUGGUGCUACACUUGGUCUCUUGCAGCAUUAUGUGGGACAAACAUUUGUAUGCGCCAGGUUUCAGCUAAAGGCGUGUACUCUGCUAUUGAAAAAUAUAAGGUCACUCACUUUUGUGCUGCUCCAGUUGUCCUCAACAGCAUCAUCAAUGCCCGUCCAGAGGAAACCAUUCCCCUCCCUCCCAACAGUGUCAAUGUCAUGACAGCUGGUGCUGCUCCUCCACCUUCCAUUCUUUCAGCCAUGGCUGAGCGCGGUUUUAGAGUCACUCAUACUUAUGGACUGUCAGAGACAUAUGGCCCCUCUACAGUCUGCGCAUGGAAGUCAGAGUGGGAUUCCCUCCCCCCUGAUGUCCGAGCAAAACUCCAUGCUCGUCAGGGGGUCCGCUACAUUUCUCUGGAAGGCCUUGACGUUGUCGAUCUUAAGACAUUACAGCCAGUCCCUGCUGAUGGCACAACCUUGGGUGAGAUAGUGAUGAAGGGAAACCUGGUCAUGAAGGGAUACCUGAAGAACCCCAAGGCCAAUGAAGAAGCAUUUAAAGGAGGCUGGUAUCACUCUGGAGACAUUGGUGUGAAACAUAAAGAUGGAUACAUAGAGGUCAAGGACAGAGCUAAAGAUAUCAUCAUAUCAGGCGGUGAGAACAUAAGCAGUUUGGAAGUUGAGAGUGUACUGUACACCCACCCGGCCAUUUUAGAGGUUUCAGUGGUGGCUAGGCCCGAUCAGCAGUGGGGAGAAUCACCUUGUGCCUUUGUAACACUGAAGGAACAAGAAAAGGCAGGUCCAAGAAUGGCUGAGGAUAUCAUUAAAUUCGCCAAGGCCAAGAUGCCAGGAUACUGGGUACCCAAGUCAGUGGUGUUUGGGUCGUUGCCGAAGACUGCAACAGGAAAGAUACAGAAGCAUGUACUAAGGUCUAGGGCAAAGGAAAUGGGACCUUUGAGCAAGAGUAGAUUGUAGGAGUCAUAAAAAGUUGAAACUUAAUGUAGCACAUUGUUGUAGGUAGGACAAGGUCCUGUAUGGGGCGGGGGGUGGGGGGUCACUGUGGGGUUGGAAAUGGGUAGUCCAAAAUGUGGAGUCGGAUACGAUGGGUGAAAAUAAAGGCUAUGGAUGUAUGUGUUCCCAGUUGGAAAAAAGCACAAAUUUUAAGGCA